AUGGAGCGCUGGCCUUGGCCGUCGGGCGGCGCCUGGCUGCUCGUGGCGGCCCGCGCGCUGCUGCAGCUGCUGCGCGCAGACCUGCGUCUGGGCCGCCCGCUGCUGGCGGCGCUGGCGCUGCUGGCCGCGCUCGACUGGCUGUGCCAGCGCCUGCUGCCCCCGCCGGCCGCACUCGCCGUGCUGGCCGCCGCCGGCUGGAUCGCGUUGUCCCGCCUGGCGCGCCCGCCACGCCUGCCCGUGGCCACUCGCGCGGUGCUCAUCACCGGUUGUGACUCUGGUUUUGGCAAGGAGACAGCCAAGAAACUCGACUCCAUGGGCUUCACGGUGCUGGCCACUGUGUUGGAGUUGAAUAGCCCCGGUGCCCUAGAGCUGCGUGCCUGCUGUUCCGCUCGCCUAAAGCUACUGCAGAUGGACCUGACCAAGCCAGCAGACAUUAGCCGCGUGCUGGAGUUUACCAAGGCCCACACCACCAACACGGGCCUGUGGGGCCUGGUCAACAAUGCAGGUUACAACGAAGUGGUGGCUGACGUGGAGCUGUCUCCAGUGGCCAUGUUCCGCACCUGUAUGGAAGUGAACUUCUUUGGUGUGCUGGAGCUGACCAAGGGCCUCCUGCCACUGCUGCGCCACUCUAGGGGUCGCAUCGUGACUGUGGGCAGCCCAGCAGGAGACAUGCCUUAUCCAUGCUUGGCGGCCUAUGGGACCUCCAAGGCGGCCGUGGUGCUGCUCAUGGACACAUUCAGCUGUGAACUUGUUCCCUGGGGGGUCAAGGUCAGCGUCGUCCAGCCUGGCUGCUUCAAGACAGGGUCUGUGACAAACGUGGAUGAGUGGGAGCAGCGCAAGGAACUGCUGCUGGCCAACCUGCCCCAAGACCUGCUGCAAGUCUACGGCAAGGACUACAUCGAGCACUUGCACAGGCAGUUCCUACAUUCAUUAAGCAUGGCACUGCCCGACCUCAGCCCGGUCGUAGAUGCCAUCAUAGACGCGCUGCUGGCAGCUGAGCCGCGCCGCCGGUAUUUCCCAGGCCGUGGCCUAGGGCUCAUGUACUUCAUCCACUACUACCUGCCUGAGAGCCUGAGGCGCCGCUUCCUGCAGGCCUUCUUCAUUAAUCACCGUCUGCCUAGGGCCCUGCAGCCUGGCCACCCUGGCCCUACCUCUGCCCAGGGCCCAAACCCAAGCCCAGGCUCUUCCCCAGUGGUGGCUCGCUGAGCCGUGUGCAUAUAUGGCCCUGCCACUCCAGCACGGGAGGCUCCAGGAGCCCCUGGCCCUCCCCUGGGCAUUAUGACCCCCCAUCUGCCCUCGAGUCUGGCCUAAUGAACCCCAGUCCCCCACUGCUGAUGCCCAGUCCAGACCCAGUGAGCCUCAGGGCCUGUCCACUGCUUCAUGAGCCCAAACAGACCCUCCUGGGCAUAACACUCUGCCCUGCAGCGUGGAGAACUCAGCUGGUGGAGAGUUUAGUGCAAAACUUUACUGUCGCCUUUGACAGGCCCCUGCAGACAGUGCCUCUGCAAACUAAAGACUGACUGACUGGGUGGGUUGGGGACUCCUCGGGAUUGUUCCUGGGCACCAGUGCCUCGGUGCUGCAGUUGAAGGGUGAAUCCCAACUGUCUCUUGACUGGCUCAAGAAUUCAGGUCCCAACUACCCACUCCCAAGCCCCUCAAGCCACAAGGAAGCUGCAUACCCUACUUCCCAAUUGCCACUUCUUAAAUAAAGAUAAGUUUUAUUUCUCCUA